GUGUGCGCAUUGGCGUAGUGUGUCCCAGUCGACACAACUUCCUGCCCUUACAUAACGAAGUAAUUGCAAAGAAAGCUACCAAUACCAUAAAAAUAAUCAAAAACACGAUAGUCGCUUGACUGGUGUUGUGCAAUCAAAGGAAUUAAUUGUACUGGUGAAGUUAACUGAAAUGAAUUUUCAUUAUGUACUGCGUAAUUAUUUGUAUUUUGUUCAUAUUUUGUGCGGUGAGUCUUUGAAAAAUACAUAUCAUUGAAUGGCGUGCGGCCAGUGGCGGAUUUGCCCUAAGGCCCAGUAGGCCCGGGCCUAGGGCGGCAAAUCGUGACAAAAAAUUCACUGAUGAUAAUAAGAAAUAGUAACUCAAAAAUAUUAAAAUAACGGAACAAAUGCAUAUUAAUUAUUCGUCAGGUUACUAUUAUUAUGCAGAACCUGACACAAAGGUUUCACAAGUAACCAAUGUUAAAGUAACAGAAGGAAUAAAUUUUAAUAAUUCUUCGGAUUACUAUCAUUAUCCAGAAAUUGCAACAGAAAUGUCCCAGACAGCCAACAUUAAACCAACACAACGAAUGCUUGUUAAGAAUUCUUCAAGUUAUUAUUAUUUUUAUCCAGAACCUGAAAUAAAAUUAUCACAGAUAACCAAUAUUACAACUACACAACGAAUGCAUGUUAAUAAUGACGUAGAUUAUUAUCAUUUUCCAGAACUUGAAACAGAAAUGUCCCAGACAACCAAUAUUGAAACGAUAGAACAAACACGUUUUAAUAAGUCCUCAGAUUAUUAUUAUUUUCCAGAGAUUGAAACAAAAAUGUCCCCAAUAACCAAUCUUAAAAUAACCGAACCAAUGUACGUUGAAAGUUAUCCAAACUAUAAAAAAGGUAUGAAAUCAAAUUUAUUCCUGGAUAAAAAUACAAUAGAACCAGAAAUACAACAAACAAUCGUGGACGCUAGAAGGCAUCGACAUCGGAAAAACACAUAUAUAUAUAUUUAUGACACAACUUCUACGAGAACUAGAAACAGACAUGAGUUUUAUGCCAAAAACCGAAAUGUGUUUUAUGCCAACCGCUAUGGCAGGUUCUGUAAAUACUUAGGCUACAAACGUUGUAAAACUACGUGUUAUGCAUUUUUUAGAAACAUUUGUUCUGAAGUCACAAAAUGUACCCCAGAAAGUUACGACAAGUAUAUGAGCUUAUGUGAAGCUAGAUGCAGUAUUAGUUUUCAUAAGCCUAAUGAUAAGGAUUUUUUUAAAAGGAUAACUACAGCUCUACCUACUCUAAUCCCCAGGGCAAAAUUAAAAGAGUACGCAGAAGAUAGAUGGUGGAAACGUCAAAUACUCAGGUUUAGGGCAGAAGAAGAAGAAAACAAUAAAGAAGAUCACAAAAAAGUUGAAAAUCAAAUAGUUAAAUGGCAUAAACGAAAGCUCAGGUUUCGAGUUGAAAAAGACAAUGAUGAAAUAUAACUGGCGCAAAUUAAAGUCCAUUAUUAGAAUAAAAUAAGAUCAAAAAGCAAGAGCAUAAAGAGGAAGACAAUGAAGAGGGCAAAUAAAAAUACAAUUUAGAGGACAACGAAUACAACAACGAAGAUGACAAAGAUGAAAAUAAAGAAAAAGAUAAAGACGAAGGUAAAGAAGAAGAUAACGACGAAGAUAAAGUAGAAGGCAAAAACGAAGAUAAAGUAGAUUAUAAAAAAAGAGAACGAACAAGAAGAAUAUCACGAAGAAGGUAAAGACGAAGAUAAAAUUGAAGAGAAAUAGAUUAAGAAGAAGACAAGUAGGAAGACAACGUAAUAAGUAAAUAAAGAGACUAUGACAUGGGUAGAUGGCGUAUUCAUAGCCCAUAAAUCAUGAGUAGAAUAUGAACACAAAUUAGGCAGAGAAGACAAAUAAGAGAAAUGUAUUUUUCACUAAAGCCUUACAUUAGGAGCUGUAGAAAAAAAUAAGAAUAUUGAUGGCACAAAAUAAACUUAGGUUUAGUUCAAAUUAGAUAUGAGCAUAAUACACAUCCAUUAGAAUAUUGUCUGUUGAUAAUAAUUUCAUUUUGAAUAAAUAUGGAAUGAAAUAAAGAUUUAGUGUCAUUCUUCUUUUCGCAACUUUGUUUAGUGUUAUGUGGGUACGAUUUUUAUUGUAUUAAUGAUUAUGUUUUAGAAGUAACUAUAAUCUUUUGUCGUUUUAGCAUAUGUACUUCACAUGUGGCUGAUAACCCUAUAUGAGUAUCAUCUACAAAGAGAUUUACGUAUAACCUUAUAGUAAUGUGGCAAAGCGUUAUAGGAGUAAGAAAGGUUCUAUUACUGAUCCUGGAGGAACACCUUUAGCUAUUUUUCUAAUAUCAGAUAAUACGCCUUCCACCAUUACAGCCCGAGUUCUAAUCGAACGGUAGUAAUUUAUUGAUAGUACUUUAUUUUUAACCGACUUCAAAAAAAGGAGAAGGUGCUUAAUUCGACUGUAUGUCUUUUUUAUGUAUGUAUGUUACGCGAUAACUUCGCCAUUUGUGAACCG